AUGGCCACCACUGCCGCGGAAAGGGCGGCGGCAACUGCGACUGAGGGCGGCAGGCACGAGACGACUAAGGAGCGCCACGGCAUAGUACUGCACCGCUCCGGCAGCUCCAGCUCCAGCUCGUCGUCGUCGUCGUCCUCUGAGGACGACGGGCAAGGAGGAAGAAGAAAGAAGAAGAAGAGUCUGAAGGAUAAGAUCAAGGAGAAGCUGCCUGGAGGGCACAAGAACGUCGACGAGCACCAUCAGCCGACGCCAACGACGGCGACAGGGGAGCACGGCGUCGCACAUACUGCGCCUGGAGCGACGACUACUGCAGCGACCGCCACCGCGGAAGGGCACCAUGAGAAGAAGGGCUUCAUGGAGAAGAUCAAGGAGAAGCUCCCUGGCCAUCACUGA